ACACGUUCAGCACUAAAAGCGAUCGCAAGCGUUAAAUAUCAGCCAUAAUGAAUAAAGAAAACUUGUUCAAGCUAGACCCUAUUGGGAAGUAUUUCGUUAGCCAGUGGGGCAACAAGGCCUACUUGAACAAUGUUGUAUUGCCGAAUAUUAGAAGGACAAUGCGGAAUAAACACGCAGAGCAGAGAAAGGUGUAUAAAAACGUGAUUGAACGGGCAAAGCCUUUUUUAGUUGAGGACGAACUGACACCCGUAUUUCGCAGCUUACGACCACAAAGAAGAAAUAAAGACACCGCUGGUGAAAACAGCCCAGACACCGCUGGUGAAAACAGCCCAGACACCGCUGGUGAAAACAGCCCCGACACCCCUGAUGACAACAGCACAGAAACUGCGGAUGAAAACGGCCCAGACACCGCUGGUGUCAACAGCCCACAAACCGCUGGUGCCAACAGCCCACACACCGCUGGUGACAACAGCCCACACGCCGCUUGCGCAAACAGACCUCACACCGCUGGUGAAAACAGCCCACACACCGCUGGUGAAAACAGCCCACACACCGCUGGUGCCAACAGCCAACAUACCGCUGGUGAAAACGGCCCACACACCGCUGGUGCCAACAGCCAACACAACGCUUGUGAAAACGGCCCUAACAUCACUGAUGCACACAGCCCAGACACCGCUGAUGUCAACAGCCCACACACUGCUGGUGAAAACGGCCCUCACACCGCUGGUGCCAACAGCCCACACACCGCUGGUGAAAACGGCCCUGACAUCACUGAUGAAAACAGCCCACACACCGCUGGUGCCAACAGCCAACACACCGCUGGUGAAAACGGCCCUCACACCGCUGGUGCCAACAGCCCACACACCGCUGAUGAAAACGGCCCUAACAUCACUGAUGAACACAGCCCAGACACCGCUGGUGUCAACAGCCCACACACUGCUGGUGCCAACUGCCCACACACCGCUUGUGAAAACAGCCCUCACACCGCUGGUGAAAACAGCCCACACACCGCUGGUGCCAACUGCCAAGACACCGCUGGUUUCAACAGCCCACACACAUCUAGUGUCAACAGCCCACACAUCGCUGGUGAAAGUAGCAUAGACGCCGCUGGUGUCAGCAGCGCACACACAGCUAGUGAAAACAGCAUAGACACCGCUGAUGAAAACAGCGCAGACACCGCCGAUGAAAACAGCCCACACACCGCUGGUUUCAACAGCCCACACACAUCUGGUGUCAACAACCCACACAUCGCUGGUGAAAACAGCCCAGACACCGCUGGUGUCAACUGCCAAGACACCGCUGGUAAAAACAGCACCGGCACCGCUGGUGUCAUCAGCCCACACACCGCUGGUGAAUACAGCUCACACACCACUCGUGAAACUGAAAACAGUCCAGACACCGCUGGUGUCAACCGCCUAGACACCGCUGGUGAAAAAAGCCCACACACAGCUGGCGACAGCAGCCCACACACCGCUGGUGAAAACAGCCCAGACACCGCUGGUGAAAACAGCUCACAUACUGCUGGUAAAAACAGCCCAGACACCGUUGGUGAAAAAAGCCCAGGCACCGCUGAUGACAACAGCCUAGAAGCCGCGGGUGAUAACGGGCCAUACACCGCUGAUGAAAACAGCCCACAAACCACUGGUGCCAACUGCCAACACAUCGCUUGUGAAAACAGCCUAGACACCGCUGGUGCCAACAGCCCACACACCGCUGGUGAAAACGGCCCUGACAUCACUGAUGAAAACAGCCCACAAACCGCUGAUGCCAACAGCCCAUACACCGCUGGGGAAAAAGGCACAAACACCGCCGAUGAACACAGCCCAUACACCGCUGGUGAAAACAGUCCGGACACCGUUGGUGAAAACAGCUCUUACAACGCCAAUGAAAAAAGCCCAAACACCGCUGAUGCCAACAGCCCUGACAACGCAAAUGAAAACAGCCCAGACACCGCCGAUGAAAACGGCUUAGACAACGCUGGUGAACACAGCCCAUACACCGCUGGUGAAAACAGCUCAGAAAACUCCGGUGAAAACAGCUCAGACACCGCUGGUGAUAACAGCCCUCACACCGCUGGUGAAAACAGCCCUCACACCGCUGGUGAAAACAGCCCUCAUAACGCUGAUGAAAACAGCCCAGACAACGCCGAUGAAAACAACUCAGACACCGCUGGUGAAAACAACUCAGACACCGCUGGUAAAAACAACUCAGAUAACGCUGGUGAAAACAGCCCUCAUACCGCUGGUGAAAACGGCACAGACAACGCUGGUGAGAACAGUCCAAACAUCGCUUACGACAACACUCUUAGCACCACUGAUGACAACGGCCUUAUCACUGUUGAUGACGAUAGCCACGUAACAGCUGAUUUCAACGGUCUCAAGGACGCCUAUGACAAAGUCCUUGUGACUGCUAAUGGCAAUAACACUGUAACUGUUUGCAGCGCAGUCUCCGUGAAAGAGAAUAUCAACAUCGCUGCUAACAGCUCUUGUAACUUUACUGACAACUGCUUAGUCACCGCUGAUCACAGACGCCUAAGCGGCGCUGAUAACAAGACAUGGAUUAUUGAUGACAACACACCAUGCAAUCACAACGAGGAAUACAUCACCACCCGUGAUGCCAAUGGUCAUUCAUACACCUGUGGCGCCAAGUACCGUGAUGCCAAGGGCAAAAAUGCUAUUAAAACAUGCAGACGACUUCUGAAUAGGAUCCUUUAUGCGUUUCGGCGGCUUAGUUGCUGUAGAAAGUGUCAGGAUUAAUUAAUGUUAAUCAAGACUUUAUAUUUGUAUUCAUUUUUGU